CCUCCACAGAAAAAAGAAAAGAAAAACAUGUGAUUUCAGUUGAAGCUCUCACAGUAGCAGUACCUGUAAAUCCAUGGCCAUCAUCUUCAUCAAUCCACACUUCCACUCUCUCUCCUCCCCCAACAAUGGCGUCAGUCACUCUCACUCCACUUCGUUCUCUCUUUCUACCCCCUACUCUCCUCCUUCCUACACCUUCUGCCUUCAAUCGCUGCUUCUCCGUGAAGACGAAGGCACAAAUUACGAAUCAAAGCAACAACAAUGGCGGUGCUGCUGUUGUGUGGUUCAAGAAUGACCUUCGAAUCGACGAUCACCCCGGCAUUGUUUCCGCCGCCUCCAACCACGCCAAUGUUGUCCCUAUUUAUGUCUUUGAUCCUCGGAUUUUAUCCCGUUUUCCUGAUGAAAUGGUAGAACUUCUUAUUCUUGCUGUAGAAGAUCUAAGGAGGUCACUGAAGGAGCAUGGAUCCAAUCUGAUGAUCAGAUUUGGGAAUGUGGAAAACAUUCUAUGGGAACUAGUGAAAGAGAUUAAAGCAACCGUUUUAUUUGCCGAAGAAGAAGUAGAAUAUGAUUUGCGUUCUUUGGUUGCUACUGUUGAGGAUUUCCUAGCAGCAGAUCCUGUUCUAGAUUGGAGACCAAAGAUUGAAUUGUGGCGGACAUCCUUUUACGAUGUUAAGAACUUAGAUGAUUUACCUGCAUUCUUUGGAGAUGUGAAGAAACCACAACAGGAUGAUGUUUCGUUGCUUGGCAUUCCGAGAUUACAUGGGUGCUUUAUGGAGUUGGAUUGGGGUCAUCUUCCCACUGUUGAUGAUGUGGGUACAUUCAUGGACUGUCAUGCAAAUAGAGAAAAAGAACAAUGGUAUUCCAUCAAACACACUUCAGCAGAAGAUGUAUUGAGAAUGGAUCACAUGAAGCUGUUCAAAUCAGUCAGUCUCGGCAUGGGGGAAUCGAGGGUUUCAGAACUAGGGAGCAGCAGCCAAUUUCCCAAUGAAACUCGGAGGAAGGGGCUGAAAAAUUCUGUUUUUGGUACAAGUAAAGGAAACAUAGUUGCUGGUGGAACAGAAGUUGUAUUGAAUGCAUUCGCUGGGUAUUUGAGAUAUCUGGAAGGAACAGCUCGAGACGACUGGCAAGAGGUCCACCAAAGGCUGAGGGAGACUGAAACCCGAACUGGAGCUUCAUUUGGAACUCUUUUUGGAUCUGCUCUGCAGCUUGGUACCAUAUCCAGUCGAAGAGUAUAUUAUGAAGCUAUAAGAUAUGAAAAAGAACGAAAUGCAGGAUUUUUAUCUCCAUUUGGGUAUUCUACAACAACAGUUGCUGCUGCCAUAAAUGCAGUAUGCUCAGUCGAGUGGUAUUGGCUUCUGAGUUUGAAAAGUUUGUCUCGGAGAGAAGAACCGUACUCUAAGAGACUGUGGAGAUGGAAUGGACACCUAAUUCAGUACACAGUUGUUGGUUGUGAAGGGCCCGCUGUUCUUCUUGUUCAUGGAUUUGGGGCUUUCUUUGAGCACUACCGUGACAACUUGAGUAAUAUAGCUGAUGGUGGGAAUCGAGUUUGGGCUCUUACUCUUUUGGGCUUUGGGCAGUCUGAAAAGCCAAAUAUUGUUUACAGUGAGCUCAUGUGGGCGGAAUUAUUGCGCGAUUUCAUUGUCGAGGUUGUGGGUGAGCCAGCACAUCUUGUUGGGAAUUCCAUUGGUGGGUACUUUAUUUCGAUUGUCGGUGGUCUUUGGCCUUCGCUAGUCAAGUCUAUUGUUCUUAUGAACACUGCUGGAAAUGUUAUUCCUGGAUAUUCCUCACUGCUAUUCUUCAAGGAAAGACAAAUUUCUGGGGCUGCUUGGUUGGGGUCAAGAGCACUUCUGCAAUACUUGAGACUUAGCACAAGAAGCCUCGUUAAGAAUUGCUACCCUACUCGGCCUGAACGAGCUGAUGACUGUCUCAUCACGGAAAUGCUCAGAGCAUCAUACGAUCCUGGUUCAGUUGAGGUUAUGGAGAGUGUAUUCAGCUUCAAUUUGUCCAUUCCUCUUAAUCAUCUUUUAAGCAGAUUAAAGGGGAAGGUUUUAGUUUUACAGGGAAUGAAAGACCCUAUAUCUGAUUCUCGUUCCAAGCUUGCAAUGUUCAGAGAGCAUUGUGAAGGGAUCAUAAUCAAGGAGCUUGAUGCUGGUCAUUGCCCCCAUGAUGAGUGUCCAGAAGAAGUCAAUACUCUGAUCCGGGAAUGGAUAUCGGCGAUUGAGGGCAGACUUCAUUCUGAGAUCGUUGAUUCAUCAAUCAGCUCGGCAUGCACAUAGCACAACUCGAAGCCAUAUCUAAAAUGUAGUUCGCUUCAUACAAAUUAUUCAGUGUAUAGACAUUAUCAUCAAAUUGUAAUCAAACACUUAACACCAUUGAGAACAGAGGGUUUCCUUCAUAAAUACCUAAUUUAGAUGAAUACUUGAUUUUAAAUUUGUA